CGAUAAAAUUCCCCUUCAACCUCUGUAAACACACACGUCCACAUACAGAGUCACAUAUUCGAGGACUUCGACAAGAAUUUCAAAAUUUCAAGUUCACUCGUUCAUCCCGCUUAAUUACAUUAAUGAAAUCCGGCACCUUUUACGGACACUAAUGGUGGCCGGUUGUGACAGGAGAGAUAUCCACCGGUGCCAGAAUACAGCCUGCGGAGGCGCGGAAGCCAUUUCCGCCAGAAGGCUCACGGCGUUGCUGUGGCGGUUGUCCGCCACUGCAAAUGAAGUCACGAAUGGGGCCGGACUUGAGUUAUGCUCAUCAAUCCCAAUCCCUAAUUGUCCAACGGAAGGGGCUACAAAAUGGGAUUAUUGCAACUCAAAAGCAUCACAUAAGACCAUCUAUUUUCUCGGCAAUUUCAGAAGUAUGGAUCCGUUCAACACGAAAAACUGCAUAGCUACCACAAAACACAGCAUAAAGAAGGCAACUGACGAAAAGAUGAAAACACAACACCGAAAAACGAGUUUAAUGGUCGAGAAUUUAAAGGAUGGUCUUAAAAUUGAAAGGAAAAAUGGGAAAAAGGUUAACAUGGAAAAUUGGAAGCUGUCGCGUGAUGUUGCAGAGGCCAAAAUGUCAGCGAGAAAAUUCAUGCACAAUCUUGAGAAGGAGAAGAAAGCUAGAAAAGUAUUGGAGGAUAUGUUCAAUAAGCUAGCUAUAGAAAUCGAACACUACAAAGUCGAAAUUGGGGCUUUGAGGAGCGAGAGAGAGAAAAUUGAAGAAGACGUGGAAAACGAGAGGAAAAUAAUGCAGUUGGCCGAGGUUUGGAAGGAGGAGCACGCGCAAAAAAAGCUACACGACGCAAAACUGAUUUUGGAGAAUAAGUUUUGCGAGAUGAAUAAUUUGAUAUCCGAGAUUAAAUCAUUCUUGAGCGAAUCGAAUUCGAAAAGGCAAUCUUAUGAUGGUGUGAAUAUCCGAGGCAUUAGAGAUUUUUCGCAUGUCCUCCCGAAAUCAAACAAAAUCUUCACUAACAAAGGAGAAAAUUCAUGUAGCAAAAGAAGUGUAUAUUCAAAUGAAUGCCCAUGCGGAAUGGAGACCGUGAAUAAAACCAGAAAGAGCAAUUAUAAGUCGAAUUCAUUUGAUUUAGAAAGAGAAAAAUUCAUGCAUCAUGGAUGUCGAAGCUCCAAGUCUAGUGGAACUUCGUCCGUCUCAUUAAAUCGACCAAAGGAGAAAGAAAGUUUAUCUUCUCAUAAGCUUCAAAGGGAAUUGAAGAGAAAUAAAGAUGCACGCAAGAAAAUAUCGAGUGAUUUGAGUGGAAGAAUUUCAAAUUGUUCAGUAUCCUCGAUUUUAUCCAUGGAUGAAGGUCAAGUUAAAUUAUGGAAAAACCCGCAUGUUGUUCGGGCUAUGAACGGUCAUAUAGAAUGGCCAGGGGAGAUCAAAAAGCAUGGCUCGUCUGAGGGCAGCUUUCUCGAAGCUAAGUUGAAAAGCCAGAAAACAAUAUUGCGCGGUGUACUAAAACAGAGGAGUUUAAGUAGUAGUUUUGAAUAAAUGUUGCAUUUUGUAUUAUCUUUUAGUUCUUAAGAGUAACAAAACUUAAUUCUCUUUGCUCUCCCUGCCAUGUUUUGAGAAUUCAAACUACAUUUUAUGAUUUUACUGCUAUCAAAAGGGCAGAGUCAGAGUGUAUCUUGUGGCGAUCGUGGCAAAGUAUUGGCAAAAUAGUAAGAUUAAAUGUCUGAAUGCUGGUUGUGUUCAUCUUUUUGUUUGAAUCAUAUAUUUGGACACUAUUUUUUUUUUUUUAAAGUAAAUGGUUUAUGC